GCCCUGGGGGUUACAGGAAGUUGUAGCUGCCAUGUUUAGCUGCUUUGUUGUAGAUUCCUUGUAGGUUUCCUGCAGAUUUUAGCCUAAGUGUUGCAAUGGAACCGAGCUGGAGUACGUUUUUAUUCCAACAAGCCAAUGAGGCUCUGCAUCACCAGCACCAAGUAGCCGGGAACAGCCUCUUGCCUUUGCUCAGUUCUGGAACGGAGCCACCUGAUCAGAAACCGGUGCUGCCCAUUCCCUUGGACCAGAAACCCCCCGUCAGUGCUGCAGAACUUCUUAAAGACAAUGUGGCUAGUGGGACUGGGGGAGGAGGUGGUGGAGGGCCUCCAGUUGCCGUGGUCAAAAAGGAACCCAAAUCAAAGACACCCUUCAUCUGUGGCUACUGCAACAAGGCUUUCCGGGACAGCUACCAUCUCCGGCGGCACGAGUCUUGCCACACUGGCAUUAAGAUGGUUUCGCGGCCUAAGAAGACACAAACAGCUCCAACCAUGGUGCCGCUCAUAUCCACUGUACCACGUGAGAACAGCGGAAACCCUUCAUACAUUACUACUGUAGCUGGUAUCCUGACAACAGCCACCACGUCAACAUCCACAGGCACCAGCAUCAUGACCCCAAUGCAACACCAACAGCAGCAGAGUAUCCCUAAGAAGCCCCCCAAACCAGUGAAAAAGAAUCAUGGGUGCGACAUGUGUGGUAAGGCCUUCAGAGAUGUGUACCACCUCAACCGCCACAAGCUGUCGCACUCUGAUGAGAAGCCGUUUGAGUGUCCCAUCUGCCAGCAGAGAUUCAAGAGGAAGGAUCGCAUGACAUACCAUGUUCGCUCCCAUGAUGGUGGAGUUCACAAGCCUUAUAUCUGCUCUGUUUGUGGGAAGGGCUUCUCCAGACCUGAUCACCUAAGCUGUCAUGUCAAGCAUGUCCAUUCCUCAGAGAGGCCGUUUAAGUGCCAAGUAACGGCAUGUACCUCCGCCUUCGCUACCAAAGACCGUCUGCGCUCCCACAUGAUUAGGCAUGAAGGCAAAGUGACCUGCAAUAUCUGUGGCAAAAUGCUAAGUGCUGCCUACAUCACAAGUCACCUCAAGACGCAUGGCCAGGCCAGCUUCAGCAACCCGUGUAACAAUAAAGGCAUAAGUGACUGGCAGUGGAACCACUCAGGGCCACGAAAAGGUGAGUUGACUGUAGGAGAGAUUUUAAAUAACUCCUUCCAAGUCCUAAUUGACAACUCUCACAAAGAUGCCAACAAUGUGCACAACAACUCGGCCACCACAACACCAGUCACCAACACGGCAGCCAUUACCUCGGCUGUGAACCGCGGUGGCAUCGCCAGCAACCCCGUCACCAUCGCUGCUCAGAUGAACAUCGCCACCAGCACGGUCAACAUCACGUCACCAGUCAACCUGCAGCACCCGGUCACCAUCACCGGCCCUGUAAACCUGGCCUCUGUCAACAUCCCUACAACAGCACACAUGAAUAUCGCCCACCCAGUGGCUAUCACCACUCCUAUGCCCAUGAAUAUCACCGGGCCACUCAACAUUGCCAUGAGGCCCAUGGAGAGCAUGCCUUUUCUAUCCCAAGUUCUGCCUUCCUCCCCUCCUUGGUAGAGCUUUUCUUUGUUUUUAUCCUUUUCUUUUUUUUUUUUUUUUUUUAGCCUGUGUAAGAGCCGAUAAUGUUUUAACUGCCUAAUAAUGGGUGAGCCUGUUAAAUCUUAGUAAAAUGGCCCUUUUGAUGGAUGAAUUAAACUUCAAAAGGUGAUAACUAAUGUAAUUCAGCUAUAUAGAUAGUAACCAAUGAUUGUUACUUACAGGAGUGAUUAUUACUGCAUAAUUUUUGGAUUUUAUUUGUAUUUAUAGAACAUAAACAUUUUAAAUGCCCUUAAUUAUGACAAAGAAUUGUUUUGCCAACAGUCACUUACUGGAGAGCAUUAGUCUCCAGAGUAUGCGAGAUAAAGUUUGCUGCCCUGCAAAGGAAAAUCCGUCAGUUUAACGCUCUGUUUUAGGGAUGGGUACAUCCACACACUCAUCUAUCUUAGUAUGUUUUUUUUUUAGUAUUGGUAUGUUAAAUGUUGUAAUAUAGGACAUUUCUAGAAAUUUAAUAGAGAGAAGUUUUACUGAUACCAGAUGGGAGUUUCUGUGUUUGGCUAAACCAGUGAAAUAAUUACCCGACAAAACAAGGUACUUCAUCACAUUGAUGUAACAGCUCUGUAAAUCAGAUAUUACCAUGAAGCAGUCCUGCUCAUGGAUUAGCAGCAUUGCUCACACUGGCUUAAUACUUUAAAAUGGAGAGAAACCUUAACAGCAAGGCAAAAUUUCUGACAGAUAUCAAAUUAUUAUCAUCUCCAAGUGUAUACCAUCGAAUCACUCAAACCUAGUCUAUGGUGUUACACACUGCUGUCUAGUUCAUCUGUAGUGUUGGUCACAGCUUUUAGUGAGUCUUUGGUUUCUGAGGGCCAUGUCAGUCUCAGAUAUAAACCAAACUGGUUUGACAAAAACUAAAUGUCAUUUACUCAGAACCUGUUUAGACCUGGUGGUAACAUGCAUUUCGGUGAUGCCAACAUAACUGGACAGCCAAGACAUUAUUCACACCUGUGUCUCUCAUGCAUCUCCAGCUGUCUCGCUUUUUUUCAGAUUUCAUUACUGCCCAUUUCACUUUGCUUUAGAAGGUCAAAGGGCCCAGCGCACCACUAUGAUGUCAACAGAAAUCAACUUUUCUCCUUCCAUAGGGCAAAACAAUAGAUAGUCACGUAACACUUUGUCUAACUCAUCAUAAAAUGGGCAAGUGAAUGAGCAUUAGCCCCUCGUCACGAACUACCAUGGCCAGCAUUGAUGAUGAUGAAGCAUUUACACUACAAAAGAUAUGUGGUCAAAUGCAUCCCAGACCACCUUGGCAAGUGGUUUGAGUGAUAGGAUCACAAUGCAUUUUGAAGGUCGUUUACACCUGUAUUUAGUGUCCACUUGUGAUCAAAUCACUCAAGAUGCAUGUUACCAGCUAUACACAGGCUCUAAGUUUCCUCGUAGCUAUCAACAGCAUGUCAGUCUUCAUCAGUUGUAGAGCUGUCAUUGCGAGAUCUAAAUAUGGACCUCCGCUCAGAUAAUCAAUAGCUGUUACCUCUGCUGCCCUAGUUACCCCAGUGAUGUCACAAGCCACCAAACACUUCAGAUAACUUCUGUCCCGUGCUAUCAUUACAUAACCCCGUGAUGUGGGUGGGGGUGGAUUGUUGACAGGUGAUAUUUCGUGCAGAUAUUCUGUGUAAAUAAUGACUAUUUUAUGCCAAAGAUUUUCUAAGUAUAGUGUUUUCCCCCCUAAAUUCUAUAUUUUAAAAGAAAAGGGGAAAACCUUUAAACGGCAUUUAGACACCAAAUUCUUGUUUUUGAAAUCCAGAGUAAUGAAAUUGACACUUUCGGUGGGCCUGUCUGACCUGUCUAAUUAAUUUUUCAUUAGAAGCUAACAAUAUCCAUUACAUAUUUUUAGUUUUAAAAUGCAAUGCGUAAACUAAUGUCAAGUUUUGCAUUACUGGCAGUUCAUCGCAUGAACAUGUUUUAUUAUACUUUCAAACCAAAAGAGUAUUUUGUUCCACUUUGGUUUAAAAUUAUUGGGCAGUUACAACAGUAUCAGCUGCUACAUUGUCACACAUAUGUUGUUUUUAUUUAUCCCUUGUCUAGCCCUUUUUUAACUUGGGUAGUUUGUUUUACGAUGACAGAUAGUUGAGGGUGAGCCAGCUCGUUGCAGCUAUGUCGGCAUUAAACACAUUAUGUGCUGUGAAAAGGUCAAUCCUUGUAAAGUCCUUUUCCAGAUUUCUUUCAUUUCUAUUAAGCCGCUGAAGGACAGUGUCGGUCUUGUAAAAGUGACCACUUAAGUGAUUUCUUCAACUGGGCAUCUGACUUCAAACAUGGGUGACCUUACUAUACCUUAGGCUUCAUUUAACAGCUCCUUAAAUGGAAGUGUAUUGCCGGAGUUGUUCUUAAAUGCUUCCUUUUAAGGCAAAUUUUGUUUCAUGUUUUUUUCUGUUGUUAUUUUAGUGGACUUAUCAGUAUUUGAUAGUUUAUGUUUAUGUAAAGAUUAAUUACAAAAAAAAACAAAGCUUCCAUUUUGGGGGAGGAUGAGGGAUGUUGUGGAUUUCACUGAUGGUUCAGAGGCUGCUUAGACCCAUCAACCAUCAACUCCCCCCAUGUCUGUGUUUUAAAAUUGCUGGAAACCCAUCAGUCGUCACUGCUGGAUAUUCAAACAAGUUUAUCUGUGACCUCUGUUUGGGAAAUUUUGUAUGUAUUUAUAUCAGGACAUGACAGUUGAAGGUACAACAAAGAGGAGAUAUCUCGUACUGAAAGCAUGUCCCCUACGAUUUGCCCUUAAAAUGGCAGUAUUAUCAAAGGUCAAAUAAUUUUAAAUUUUGAUUACUUAGGACUCUUUAACUGUAGAGGUCAAAAGAGCUACCGAGUGGCUCAUUGGACUCUGUACUACAAAAGCAGCUCCAAAGUUAACUUGUGGUAUCUUAAGUUGGUUAGAUUGUUUACUUAAGCAGGUAUAGGAUCCCAUCACUGUCAGUCAAACUCAGGAAGGUUACUGAGAAAAGUCUUUUAAAACCAUGUUCAACAAUUUACACACUGACCAUUUCUUUGUAAAUAUGAAACACUAUUUUAUUGCCUUUUACCUUUUGGGAGAGGGAACAUCUCUCUACUUACCAUAGGCUAGCAAUGCAAGAACUCUAUCACCACUGAUGUGGCCGUCCAUCCCGCAGAGGAGAGAGAAAUGAGCAGAGACAAAAGGAUACGGCUGGUGUCACUUUCUUUUUAUUAUAAACAAAUGCAUGAAAAGGCCAUAAUUCCACCAGUUUAUCCUACUAGCAAGUAUCACCUGUGUAACUAUGGCUGCUGCCAUAGAACUUGCUUGUUGUCCAAAAACCAUUGCAUAAUAUUAAGGAGCCAUACUGCUGCAUCGGUUUCCAUGAUUCUUCAUUGAACGCGGAGUAUAGUGUAUUCCCCUCUGAUCGUCAAACGAGCUGCUUGCCAAUGCACGUCAUCUGCCCCACAUGGUGCUACUCUUCAGAGACUAAAAGCCACACAAUUCUUAAAGAAUAAACACUGCUCAUGUUACACUCAUUGAAGGAACAUGUCGCCCAGCAGCAUGGUUCUUGUUUGUAAUUUUGUAGGUUUUGGAAAAUUGGUGAGUUCUGUGACACAGUGUUGUAGCUACACACAUCAAUUUUGUCAGCAGGAUCAACUCAUUGUUCUUAUAAAGAAACAAAACCAGCCUUAAACUUUUUAAGCUGAAUUUUCUCUGUAGAUCUCACUUGCAGAGCUCAGAGUAUUGUUUAUUUUGGUGUUUUAUUUUUUUUAUUUUAUUUUUUUUUAUCCUGGCAGUUCAACUUGACUGGAAAGUUGAGGCUUUGAUCACAAUGGAGGCUUUAUUUCCUGCUCAAAGCAUAGGUGCACCUGAAAGGGCAAGAUGGCAGAGAAUCAGAGUAUCAUUCAAUAACUCCACUUUCUUAUAUGCUUUCCCUGUGGCGUCAACAACCCUUCACUUAAUACUGACACCAGUAGAGUACUUCAUUUGAUACCUUUUUCUCCGCUUCACUUCAUUUAAUGCAUCAGGCAGUAGUAUAGCCAUACCUUAAAACAUUUUGGCAGCAUCUUAGCAUACUAACCUGGAAACUCCAUCAAAUCCAUGCGCUCAACUUCACACCGCAGGCUGUAUGGGUUGUAGCUGCUGUGGAAUUAACGUCCUAUUAUACAUGCACACUUUAUCGUGAUGGCCCAUCAGCAGACGGAGACAGGUAAUAGAAUGCUUUUCAAUGUAUUUAAUAUUCAUUUAUUGUGCAAAAUAAGAAAAAGCAUGUUGGCCAAUUCUGAUAGUUCAUUUUAAAGUCACAGUCAGCCAGUACCAAUGACAUGCAGAUAUUAUCAUGCACCCCAACUAAAUAUGACAGCUUGUUUGGCAUUCACUUCCUGCAGAAGUACCCCCUCCUCCUCAGAGUCCGGUGCUCCACCCUCUUUAGACAUUCAUUUGGGCAUUCUAGUCUUAAUUCUCUCAACUUUUAUUUGGGACUAGCAGGGUGUUUACCUGUGCUAUUUAGGUUCAGCUGGCACGCUCUUUCAUCUUAUGAGAACAAUGAGAUUCAUCAUUACAAGAACACAAGUGCAAAUAAUUCUGCAGUUUAAGAACACGCCAUGAAUGUGACAAAGAUUCUCUUAGGACCUUUCUCGAUAACAACUUUGAGAAAAAACAAAGGAAGAAACUGGUGAUUGAGGCCCAGUGUUGGAAACUGCAUGUAACCGUAACUUCCGUUAAUGGAGGUCACUGUGAAGAAUUGCCGUGAAAAGUGUAUUUCAACAGCUCCACCUAGAGUCUCUCUGUUAUGUGAGUGAAGUUGAGACUUUGCACUUUCAGGACAGGUUUACAGAACACACUGGGUCCACAACAGAUGCACUUGUCACGGCUUGAGCCACAGACAGUGACUGAACAAUUGAAAAAUCCUGUGAAGUCUCUCUUGUAAUCUCAGCCUCAACUGUUUCUGCACCAGGCUCGCAUAAUAGUCCACAGUUCCUGGCAGUGUGUCCAGAGGAACACAAGAGAAUUACUUUGUGGAUGUGAAGCCUGUUUGUAGUUAUGGGCCAUUUAAUCAGUGCAGGAACUCUGAAGCACUUGCAGCAAACUGUAGGAUGUGCACACUACAGACAAGUGGUACUUAGAGGGGCAUUUCAAUUUGGUGGAAUGAGACAGAGACUGGUGUUUGUUUUUACAGUUCACCUGGCCACAUCUGCAUUUUGGCAGUCCAGGAUUUUGGCCCCUUAAUUUUGUUGUGUGCAUGCCAACACUGUCCACCAAGGGAAAUGCUCUGAUGUGGAAUGGCAUUAUGGAAUUUGAUUUAUUUCCCAUCUUUAUUUUUGUUUAUUUCUUUCAAUGUUGCAUGUGGAUGACUGAGCUUGUCCAGUGUAGGUUUGAGUUCAACAACCGUUAUUAGAAGGCUAGUGACUUUUUAUGAAAACAAAACACUAAAAAAAAAAAAACUAGGAUGAAAGGAAGUGUGUGGUGUCAUUUGUCCUUCUCCAGUGGCCGUAAACAAGUGUGCCUGAAAUACUUUGCAAGACUUUUCCACACGUUGAUGCUUCCUUCUCUAGAUGUGCUGUGUGAUGGAAUAGUUUUGUGAGGGAAGCCUUCAUCAGUUCAGACGGCCGAGCGCCCCACAGGUCUGGCAACCAAACUAUGUUGUGAUUAGCCUUUUUUUUAUUUUUGAAACCUAAUGAUUGUGAAGUUAUCAUUCUACUUCAGGAACAACCUUGAAACAUGAAUUGAAAUCUUUAUUUGGGUCAAGGUUGUGUAAAUGUAUCAAUGACAUUAAACCAGGUGGUAGUUUGGUUUUUUAAUUUGACUCCAACCUAAUGUGAAAAACAUUAUUUGGCCAAAUAUUGAUCUGGAAGAUCAUUUUUUAUUUUUUAUUUUCUGUGAAGUUUGUAUGAUGAAUUUGGCAGAUGUGAAGGCAAAUGAAUGUAUAUCUUUGUACAAACAAUUUAGUUAAGAGGACAUGUUAGUUAUGACCGACACAUGCAAGAAAAAAAAUAACCUUUUAUAAAUCUUUUUGUAUUAGAACAUUAACAAUGGUAAUUUUUGUAUAUACGAAGGCUAGGCUUUCUGAUUAGCAGAAAGGUAAAAACAUUCCUACAUUUUUUUUAAAUGUAUGUCCAUUGAGAAUAAUUAUGUAAACAUAUGCGCAAUGUUUUAUGUGCCUUUUAUUUGGGUUUGUCUAAAUAAAAGAAAACAAUAAAACAUGAUUGUGGACUGUCCAUACUCAGAGGAAAGUCAAUACUUGUUCAUCUCAGCUGAAUCUCUGGACUGACCCCCCCUGCCCCCUGCACUUGAGACACUCCACUAGAUCAGGAGAGGUGUACUCCUUUCUGGUUUUAGUUGCUGUUCCUAGCUUUAGUCAAGGUUUGUGGGAGGCUGAGAUGGUUGCCGAAGUCCCCGCCCGGUCUGUAGGGAUGUUUGUGAUCUCCAAACUCCUCUGUGUCUUCACCGGCUCACUGGCUCACAGUUGGCCUGCUCACGAUGAAAGUGCCUCUGUGACUUCGCUAAUUGGAGUGGAUUUGUGGGGGAUUUUGUGCCAAAUCAUGGUCUGUAUUUGACGACAAAAACAUUUCGGUGUUUUUUCAUUCUUUAACUAUUAAACAUGGAAAAUG